UGGAGGGGAACGAGAGAGGGAGAGGGGUUGAGAGUGUGCUAAGAGCUCCCCCACCACUUCCACAACGUUUAAAUGUAUAGAGAGGAAAAGGCAAUGGAAACGGAGAGCGACCUGCAACAAUCAAGGUGUAUGAGUAAUUGAAUUUCAACUACAGGCCCACAAAAGGAAAGUGAAGAACAAUCAUAUCCAUAAUAAUAAACAUAAAUAUUUAUAUCUCUUCUGUAAUUAAUAUUAAUUCGCAGAUUUUAAACGCCGACAAAACUUGCUCUAAUGGUGGGGUUGCUAAAACCUCCACACUGAUUUUUACUACUUUUAUAGUAUACCGAUUCCUCGUUUCUGCGUUUCUCUUUUUGGGUUUUUGUUUCUUUGAUUUGGGGUUUCUUCUAUUGUGGGAAAAUUCGAAGUGUUUUCUGUUUAUAAGUGGCUGUUUUUCAUGAUUUAAGCCCUUCAUCUUUUUGGCUUUUGGCUUUUGGCUUUUGGGUUUCUGGGGGAUCUCUGGAAUGUUCAUGCUGGGUGUGGUCUGUUAGGGUUUUGUGUGGUUGGUUUGCUGCAAUUGUCCAUUUUAGAAAAUGGGUUGCUUUUCUUGCUUGAGCCCUCGGAGGGAUGAUGUCAGCAUGAUCGAGGGCAGUGGGCAGAGGCGCCAUUCCGCUGAUUUUCCAGACCAUGGGAAGGGAGGAUCAGUGAGUAACAAAGGCAAGGAUAAAAGCAGCCAAAAUGGCACUGGUGCAAAAAGUUUCACCUUUCAACAACUCAUUAAUGCAACAAGAAGUUUCAAGGUCAUGAUUGGAGAAGGGGGUUUUGGGAAGGUUUAUAAAGGCAAGCUAGAAAAUGGCCAGAUUGUUGCAAUCAAAUGGCUCAAUCAUGAGGGCAUUCAAGGAAGUCAGGAAUUUAUCAUGGAGGUUCUCUUGUUGAGCCUUUUGCGCCAUUCUAAUCUUGUCUGCUUAAUUGGCUACUGUACUGAUGGAGAUCAAAGGCUCUUGGUUUAUGAAUACAUGCCCAUGGGAAGCUUGGAAGAUCAUCUCUUUGACGUUGGCCCCAACAAGGCACCAUUGGAAUGGAACACCCGGAUGAAAAUUGCUGUUGGCACUGCUAGGGGCCUGGAGUAUCUUCACUGCAAAGCAAACCCACCUGUCAUCUACCGAGAUUUGAAAUCUGCAAAUAUACUCUUGGACAAUGACUUCCAUCCCAAGCUUUCUGAUUUUGGACUUGCUAAAUUUGGACCUGUUGGUGACAACACCCAUGUUACAACCCGGGUUAUGGGAACACAUGGAUAUUGCGCCCCGGAGUAUGCAAUGAGUGGUAAACUGACCCUCAAAUCUGAUGUAUAUAGCUUUGGUGUUGUUUUGUUGGAACUGAUCACUGGACGGAUGGCAAUCGACUCUACUAGGUUGCAGGGAGAGCAGAACCUAGUAAAUUGGGCUCGGCCUCUCUUCAAGGACCGGAGGCGAUUCUCUCAGCUGGUGGAUCCUCUGUUGCGAGGCCGCUUCCCUGUCCGGUGUCUACACCAUGCAAUUGCCAUAACUGCAAUGUGCCUGCAGGAGCAGGCUACAUACCGGCCACUGAUAAGUGAUGUUCUGGUAGCUCUGGAGUACUUGGCCUCCCAACCUUACAACCCAGAAGCUCAUUCUCGUGGCAGCCCCUCACCUUGCUCCCCUCUCCAUGCCUCUGGGGUGUCUCAGACAACCACCAACACUACAUCUUCACGGGGCAGCAACUUCUCCAGAAACAGCCAGUUCUCUGCAGCCAGCGGAGGCAGUGAUGAGGCCUUCCCCAAUGGUCAGAUCUUGCCUCAUCCCAAUUUAAGGAUCUUUACUUUUUCAGAACUGAAGGCUGCAACAAAAAAUUUCAGACCUGAUACAGUUCUGGGAGAGGGUGGUUUUGGGAAAGUUUUCAAGGGUUGGCUAGAUGAGAAGGUGUCAAAGAGCGGCAGUGGAACUGUAAUUGCUGUCAAGAAAUUGAACUCUGAGAGCAUGCAAGGAUUUGAAGAAUGGCAGUCUGAGGUCAAUUUCUUAGGAAGACUUUCUCAUCCUAACCUUGUCAAGCUGUUGGGAUAUUGCUGGGAGGAUAAAGAGCUGCUACUGGUAUAUGAAUUCAUGCAGAAAGGCAGCUUAGAGAACCAUCUUUUUGGAAGGGGCGCAACUGUUCAGCCACUUCCUUGGGACAUACGGCUUAAGAUUUCUAUAGGUGCAGCUCGAGGGCUGACUUUCUUGCAUACAUCAGAGAAGCAAGUGAUUUACAGGGACUUCAAGGCAUCAAAUAUAUUGCUUGAUGGGUCCUAUACUGCCAAGAUAUCAGACUUUGGCUUGGCAAAAUUGGGUCCAACAGCUAGUCAGUCACAUGUGACCACACGGGUUAUGGGAACAUAUGGUUAUGCCGCUCCUGAGUAUGUAGCCACAGGGCAUUUGUAUGUAAAGAGCGAUGUGUAUGGUUUUGGUGUUGUCUUGGUGGAGAUGCUAACAGGCUUACGGGCACUGGAUACUACCCGUCCCAGUGGGCAACAUAAUCUGGUGGACUGGAUCAAACCACACCUUUCAGAUAGACGAAAGUUGAAAACCAUAAUGGAUGCCAGACUGGAGGGAAGAUAUCCUUCAAAAGCUGCAAAUCAAAUAGCUCAGCUUUCUCUAAGGUGUAUUGGAUCUGAACAUAAAAGCCGGCCAUCAAUGAAAGAAGUUCUAGAGACUCUGGAGCGGAUUGAAGCUUACAACGAGAGACCAAGGGAGCCUAGAGUAAGACCUGCACGUCCUGCUGUUCAACGACAUGGCCAACCGCCUUUGCACCAUCGCUCUCCACUUCACCCAAGGCAGAAUGGAAGUCAAGCCAAUCAACACUCACCUUGGGCAAGGUAACUUUGAUAAAACAUGUGUAUGCCAAUUGUUUCCCAUAUCAAACCAUCCCUAUUCCUUUGAUUGUGUUAUCUCUAGAAAGAUGUAAUGAGUUUUGUUGUUGUGCUUAUAAUUUGUACUGAACAAAGGAGCUUAUUAUUAGUGAAACUGUAAUUAUGUUAA